AUGAACAUUGAGGGCUCAAGUGUUUAUUCAAGAGAGACGAACCUGAGAAAUGUUCUCAGAGUUAACUACCAAGAACCGGAAGUACCUAAGGAUGACGACUACUUCUUCUGUGAUGAGUGUAGGACUUUCUUCCUCGAAGAGUGCGAGGUCCACGGUCCUAUCGUCUUUGUGGCUGAUCGCCCCGUUGCUGUCCGAGAGAAAGACAGAGCCAAGAAGACGCUGCCCGCUGGGUUUGAGAUCAGAGAUUCUGGGAUCCCUGGGGCCGGUCUAGGGGUGUUUACUGGAGACGGUGGCCUUCCCAUUGGAACACACUUUGGACCCUACGAAGGACACAGGACAGAUGAAGAGGGAGCCCUGGAGAGUGGAUACUCCUGGGAGAUCUACAAGAGCAGACACAAUGAUUACAUUGAUGCAAAGAGAGAGACACUUUCUAACUGGAUGAGGUACGUCAAUUGUGCUCGUAAUGAAGAGGAACAGAACCUAAUAGCGUUUCAGUACAAAGGAGGGAUUUUGUAUCGCUCCUGUGGCCUCGUGACUUCAGGAGCAGAGCUCUUGGUCUGGUAUGGGGACGAAUACGCCAGACAUCUGGGAAUCGGAUUUGAUCGACUGUGGAACAACAAGAGCUCUACUAAGGUCUGCCUUUCUGUCAGGGUUUGGUUUCUAUGCGGCACUUCAUGACCACAUCUCUCAUUUUAAUUCAAAAGAGCUUGGACAAUAAACAUCUACAUUAACAAAGCAGUCAAGAAAUUAUACAGGAAAUAGUAAAGUUUUAACAUAAAUUUAAAUAUAAUAAACA